UAGAAUCGAAUGUGUAAGGCUAGUAAUGUGACACCAUAAUACCAAAACGCUUUCCUGCAUUUAUAACUUUGCUUCUUGUUAGGCUAUGUAAAUUCAAGUAAUCCGAUUUUACUUUCUUAAUUGAGGUUGUGACAUAAAUUAUCGUGGCAGCCCGUAGUCUUGCAUGUUUUCAUUAAACACAGGAGCUAGCAUAAAAUAAUGCCCCGAUAUUGUGUAAAACAUCAAGAAAAGUAGAGAUCGAGCAUCAAUGAGAUAUAUAACUCAAAUAACUACGUGCACAUACGAGCUGGUGUUCAUCGUCUCUCUGGGUUAGUGUGUGCAUGUACGUUCACAUAGUAAUUGCCGCAGGAGUAAACAAAGAAUACAUGAGCUCACACGGGAUAUUGCAGGCGAUGUAAAUCGAACUGAGACAUGACGGUAACACUGCAUAGGUGUAUAUUGUGUACAUUAUUUCUGUCAUUAUGUUUCGUUCGGUUGCAGGUGAGUGUAGUGGCAUUUGGCACCAAUGCCAAUAAACCUCCGGGCAAUACAGAGGUCAGUACCUGCUUCAGUAGACAGCUGGCGUCUGCGUCGCCUAGCAACAUUAAGUAUCUCGACUCGUACAUCGAUGGACUGAACGCAUACGGUUCCACUUUUUACCGAGAAGCCUUGCGAGCAGCGUUUGGUCUUCUGAAGGAAACACCAACGACGUCUCAGCGUGACAAGGUUAUCUUGUUCUUGACUGAUGGCGUUCCUUCCGAUAGUCCAGUGGAAAUAAUGGAAUCCAUCAAAGAACUAAACAAGGAACUCAACAACACUGUAAUGAUUGUCACGUACGGGUUAGGAGAGGCAGCAUCGUCUAAGGGUACCGAAAUCUUAACAAGUAUGGCCGAACAAAAUGGCACCUUGUAUGAAGUCGAACUGGAACCCAAUGUGCGGAAAGGAGCUUUUAUUCCAAUCUUGAAUCCAAGCGAGCUGAGACGCCUACGUCGUGGUUGA